GGGAGACUUCACAGUCAGAUUGGCCUCACUGCCGAGACCGAUAAUGAAUGGAAGGUAAAGGGAAUAAUCUCUCACAGAGGAAGAGGACGAGGCGCCAUCUUUGAGGUUGAAUGGGCAUCCGGAGAUAAGACCUGGGUGCCCUAUAGCGAUGCUCAGAGUUACACAGCUGCGCUCCAAGAUUAUCUGGACAUCUUGGGUGUCAAGGCCAUAUCACAAUUACCC